AUGAUAUUCAACCGACUUCCCGAUUUGGUGGAAAUGGAUUCCAACUCAACUCUGCCCGGUGGCCACAUGACAUUGGGUCAUAUUUUAGGUGAUUUGAAUACCAAGACAUUCUUCACCUAUACUGGUUCACUGACCACCCCCGGCUGUGCAGAAGCUGUUACAUGGCAUGUCUUCCCUGAACCCCUUCCCAUUGCCUUUGAAAACAUUGAAAAGUUUUGGAAUAUUCAAGAUGCCAAUGGAGAUCAAAUGACCGAUAAUUAUCGGCCAUUGCAGGAACUCAAUGGCCGUGUGAUUCUCUAUCGCGGCGGAAGUUAUUAA